CUUAUUACACAGCAGUUUCAGGCAUUGCCUAACAGCCUUACCUCCAAACCCUUGCCCCGACCUGUCCGUCGCGACUCUUCCGAAAGAAUGCUGUGCGCGCGCUCCCAGCUGGUCUGCAAGCCUGUGAAGGCUGCUCGCGCCUCUCGCGCUACCGUCAAGGUGCAGGCCUUUCAGGUGACGCUGCGCAUGCCCUCGGGCAAGACGAAGACUAUGGAGGUCGGCCCCGACGAGGCGCUGUUCGACGCCGUGGAGCGCUACGAUGUGGACCUGCCCUACCUGUGCCGCACUGGCACCUGCGGCACGUGCGCGGGCCGUGUGCAGGAGGGCCAGGUGGAGCUCAAGGGUCAGCACAUCCUGGACCCCGAUCAGGUCAAGGCCGGCUUCAUCCUCAUGUGCUCCGCCUACCCCCGCUCCGACUGCACCAUCCUCACGCACCAGGAGGAGCGCCUGCACACCUGCGAGUACGGCAAGCACCAGUAAGCGGCACACACACGCCGCACGUACCAUUCGUGUCAGCGUCCGCUGCCUGGCGCCUGCUUGGAGCUAGAGGCGGGCGAUGGCGCAGUGGCACCAACAUGACUCGUGACUCAUAGGACAACAUUGUUACUUUAUCACGCAACGGAGGGGCAUAGCUACGCUGGACAGGCUAGGCACGCACGACUCCUGCGCUGAUUUGACUCCGUAGGUAGAUGAAUGACUUCCACACAGUACCGGUAUUGAACACCUUGACUCGCGCCUUGACGCAUUGUUUUGCCCGCACAUAUACGGGGCAGGAGUGGGUGGUGGUGCAAGCCGCCGCGCUCCGUGAUUUUUGACGUUUUGACACGCGGCUUGAAGAGUCAAGAGUGGCUGCAGCAGGAUGCGAAGCAUGUAUGGCGGGGGUGACUGAGGUAGGGCCGUAGAGGCAGGUUGACCGUUAGGCCUUAGGACGUCAUGCAUUGCCAAAUGCCAUACAUGAGUGGGGCACGUGAGGAUUGGUUGAGGAUGGGACUGAUUGAGGCACACAUACCGUAGGCAGGUGAUUAUAAUAACGGAGCGACUGCUCCUGGGUAGCGUGUGUGUGUGGCAAGGACACGGGUAUGUAUGGCUCUGGUGUGGCUGAGUGCGGCGCCCCGCUAGCAAGCGGGGCUGCUGGAGGCGACUGGGUACCCGCGUGUCUACUGCCGCAGAGAAGAUUAAAUCAAGCGAUGAAUUGGGUCACGGCUAGCUGCAAAUGCAGCAGCUUCAUGUAACCCCCAACUAUG